GGCUAGUCUCUUUCAACCGCCAUCUUAGAUUUGGGACUGAUCUGUGAAGCUUGGACAGUUUUGUUGGUUUUCUUGGUGAAUUCAAGCCUGUCUGUGAGCAGGACCCUUCAGCUGUCCCCAUUAGAAAGCAAAGAGAGGAUCAUCUAGGCUUGGUCAGCGAGUCAAAAUGUCAGUCAAUGAUGAUGUGCUUCAAGCCAGUAGUGAAAGCUUCUGGGAGGUGGGCAAAUACAUGCGCACAGUCAAACGCUGUGAUAAUGGAUAUAAGCUCUGUGAUCAUCUGCGCCAGUUUAUUGAAACUCGCAGUGAGAUUGAAAAGAAAUAUGCUUCCAUGCUUUCAGCUUGGUCAAAGAAAUGGAGCGAGUUCCUAGAAAAAGGCCCAGAGUAUGGGACAGGACAGGCAGCUUGGUAUGGGGUUCUACAAGAGGCUGAUGAAGUUAGCAGCCUGCACACAGACAUGGCUGAGCGUUUGAUGACAGAAGUCUAUGCAUCCAUCAAGGCAUGGCAGAAAGAAAACUACCACAAGUCAUUGAUGCAUUUUAAGGAAAGUAAGGACUUUGAAGACAGUUUCCGAAAGGCACAAAAACCAUGGGGCAAGCUUCUGGGCAAGGUAAUGGCAGCACGCAAGGAUUACCACACUGCUUGCCGGACAGAAAAGAGCACAGCUAAUCAAGAGAACAAUGCAAAGGGAGACUCUACUGUUUCACAAGACAGUGUGCGCAAACUCCAGGAAAAGUUGGAAAAAUGUAGGUUAGAAGUGCAGGCAACAAGAGAAAAGUAUGAAGCAUGUCUUAAUGACCUCAAUGGCUACAAUGCCAGGUACAUUGAAGACAUGACAGAGGUGUACAAGAAGUGUCAGGAUUUUGAGCGAAAGCGGAUUGAAUUUUUCAAGAAAACUUUCUUUGAAAUCCAUAGAUGUUUAGACCUUAGUGUGGAUCCUAGGUAUGCGCAGGUGUACACUAACCUGCAUGGAACUGUAGCCAGAACAGAGCCUGAUCAAGACCUCAAAUGGUGGUCAACCAGCCAUGGUGUUGACAUGCCUAUGGCCUGGCCUGCUUUUGAGGAGUAUUCACCAGAGCUUCAGGCCAUAUCAAGACGAGGCAAAGGUCAAGUCAGUGCUGGGGAAGGAGGAAUAACAAUAACUAGCAUACGGCACUCCCGAGAAGACAGUUUAGGCAGUUUCACCAGUGAAACCAACCAGCCUCCUACUUACUCAUCUGUUUCUCAGCGGAAUUCUGUGGCUGUCACUGGUGCUAGCUCUUCAACUCGAGCAGCUGCAAGCAGCUCCAACUUAUAUGAUGGUACACUCAAUCCUUUUGGAGAUGAGGAGGAAGAGCAAGAGGAGAACAAUCAAGAAGAGAAAACAGUUAUGGAGAGCAACCUGAAACCUGAGUCUGAAAACAGCGUACCAGCCAGCUAUGGAAGAAACGGAGAUAACCCAUUUGGUGAAACAGAUGAAGGAGAUGAGGAGGGUUUUGAUCUGGAUGACAACAGUAAUGGCUGGGCUGUGCGUGCAUUGUAUGAUUAUGACAAAGCUGAAGAGGAUGAGAUUGGAUUUAAAGCAGGGGAUGUCUUUGUCCAGCUGACUAAUGAAGAUGAGAUGGGUUGGUGUAAAGGAAGGAAGGAUGGUGUUGUGGGGUUAUUCCCCAGCAACUAUGUGGAGCGGAUAUGAGAAGCACACACUUGAUCACACUUUUUAUUAGGUCUACUUGGGGUUCACAAAGCAUUAUGUUUUAAAUUCUGGGCUGCAUCAUGUUCAUGUGUCUGUGACACAUUUCCUACAAACUUUCUAUUAUAUUCUCAAAAGGAGAAGCAAGAGAGAUUUUUUUCCUUGACAAAUUUAUGUCAUCUCUGGAGGCCCCUGUGCAGUGACAUUGAUGAAAUGGUGCACAUGUUGUAUGAGUAAGGUCUUACCAUAUAGCGGACCACAGCCGCACCCCUGUUCAGCCCCUAGAACAGAUAGUAAUCAAGGACCAUCUUUUGCCUCUAAAUGUUUUUAAGGUGCCUGUUGAAUAUCAGCAAAGUUUCCAGAGACACAGAGUUCAGUCCCACCACACGUUGGGGUUUUCUUUUUUUUCAAACUUAGGAAAGUCAGCUGAUUAUUAUGAUGCCACAAAUUUCAGCAACUCUUAGUAAUCAUAGGCAUCAGCAAAACAAAACAAAAAAAUGAUGGACCUGUUAAAGAACUGAAAUGGAUUACAGUGUUUCAGUGAAUCUGUAGGUCAUUUCUACAAUAAUUUCUAUUUCAAGCAUAAGAAAUGGCUUGGUGUAAAGUUUUUCUUGUAUUUGUAUUCAUGUAUGGUGUGUACUUGCAAUGAACUGAGAAUAGCAAAGAUGCAUGUUAUGACCUUGGAAAAAAUUUGCAUAAAAAAUUGACUAUUUGCAUACUCAUCAAUGAGUGUAUCUCCCUUUUAUUUCAGCUGCCUAUUUUCCACAACUUCCUGAUUGAAUUUCCACUUCAGCAAAAAAUUAGUAAGGAUUUAUUCCUUUAAAUGCUACACAAAUUCCCUUCUCUUGCCAGUUGAUUCUUGUGCUUCAAGUUCAUGUACCACAUUUGAAUGGCCAAAUCUACUCUGUUACCUUAAGUUCAAACAUUUCAGUAGAGGUAACUUUAUUUUUGUAAGCAUGGAGAGAAAUUUUUUUGAUUAUUUGAUGCUCACAUUUUACAAAAUUUGCACAUCCUCUACUUUGCAUAUAAAGCUGUAAUAAAAAAAAAUCACAACAUAUGCUGUAUAUACAUUUCUCCAUAUUUCAUUAGUUUACAUAGAUUCAUACCUCUUUAUACAGAUGUGCUUAAGAAUGUUUAUCAAAGGAAAAAAGUGAAGUGCAUGCUUGUUAAUGUGUGCAUUCGUGUAUGAAACCUUGCUCAUAGAAAAUGUAUGAAUAGACAUAGCAAAAUUACCGAUACAUUAUUUCAUGCAAUGCUAUUCUCAUACAACGACUGCAUUCCAGUAAUUUUUUUUUUUUUAAGCUAUGUCCAGAAUUUAAUGUUUGUUGGAAAGAUGGUCUCAAGGAUGUUUGUGAAUACUGAUGCUGUGAAUUAUUCUAAGGUCUAUUCUGACAAAUGACAUGGUGUGCAAGAGUACAGUUUAGAGCACUGGGCUUUGAAGAAGAGAUUUAAGCCCUUUUGGUACCUGUUAUCACAAGCAGAAAAUGCUGGACUCCAUUGAAACUGUCUGCUUGAAAGGAAUUUUUCAUGAGCAAUUAAAUUUUGAGUAAGAGUUUAACUAUAAAAAAGAUGAUCAUUUGACACCAUAAAAUUUACAGAACAAAGAGAUUUGCCACAUAAUAACUCCAUUGUAGCAGUCCUUGGCGGAAACCUUGAGUGUCAGAUUUUAAAGUUUCCAGUAGUAUUUUCUGAAGGAUAGCAAAAAUGAAUAUUUUUAUGAUAGCCGGUUUUUAAUGCCUACUUCCCAUUCAUGUCUUCACAAAAAUAAUCCUGUAGUCUGAUAAGUGGGCUUGACAGGCAGACUGGUAGGGAAGGAUUCUUCUGGUAUUUUGAUAUUCUAAUAAACCUAUUAAAUAUCUCUAGACACUAGUCUGACACUUCAAAUAAUUGGAUAGAAAUGUUAACCUGCCAUUUUUAUUGCAUGGAAUAUUCCUGUCUUGCUAUACUCUGCUUUGUGUAUGUUUUCUGUACUUUGUUUCAGAUUGUCUAUAAACUGUCAGAUUUGUCUUCUUCCUUAGGGAAUAAGACACUAUAUAAGUAGGCUUCUACUGCUUAGUGUUCGGAUUGUGUUCAUGUAGAGGGGUUUUUGGGGUUUUUUGUUUUGUUUUGUUUUUUGGAGAGGGGGGGGGGGAAGAGAGGUUAUCAUUAUUGAAACAAGAUUUUCAUACAUGGAGAAGAGGUGUCAAAGGGGCUAUUUUUAACAGUAAAUUUGCUUGUCUUUUGCUUCCCCAUUAUUCUGGAAUUUAGCUGUUGCAUAACAUUGUUGUAAGCCAGGUGAAGAGCAGCAGUGUUUUGUUAACCAUAUUCUUACCCUAAGAUGUUGGCUUAACACUUGGGAGAUUUCUUGUAUUAGAUUAUCCAUCUCUCUUCCCAUCACCACUCUACUGGCUCCCUUCACCUCCCCACCCAACAUUCUUCCUCAGUAGCUUUCUCACCCACAAUGCCUUUUUUUCUCAUAGUAUUUAGUUAUUUACCAGUAGCAACACAAAUGGUGACAUUUUUUCAAAUACUACAUCUGUGUCCAACCUCAUGACAUCUCUCUUAGGUUUUGGUGACAGGUGCUAGUGUCUAAAGCAGACCCAUUCAGAGCUCACUACUCGAGCUUUGGAGUUGUCUUCCUGUAAUUCAUCAGGUCCUCUUCCCUGCCAUUUUACGUCCUCAUGCUCUUUUAAUGUGGGUUUUCUUUCUAUUUAUUUUUGUGUUACCUCAAGAUUUGAACAACUGUAGGUUUGUUUUUUGGAAGUGGGGUUGAUUUUUUUUUUUUUAACCUAGAAUCCUAGAAUCCAUUGAGUAAUGCAACCAUAGUUCCAUAGUCAGCAUUCUAAAUCCAUAAUGGUGAGUAGGUUUACUGCUUGAUCACAUUAUUUUAUCUUUCUUCUCCCUCUUUAUGUAUUACUGCAUUGUUGCCUUGUUACCUUGAGUGAAAGUACGCAAAUGGGUAUGCUGGUAUGGGUAUAGUGUAUUCUGUGUCUUGCACAUUAAAAAUAGUAUAUAACUACCACUUUUACCUCUACUGGCAGUUUGCCUUGUCUGAAAGAUACGGCUUCUGGUACUCUUUGGUAAUGUAUGUAAGCCAAAGGUGAUACUUUAUAUUCUGACUGUUAUUAAUGUUAUAUACAACCUGUUUUAAGACUUAAUAGAUUGCUUGAUCACUUUACUCUUGCCCUUUGCAAACAUGCACCUGUUAAAAAGGAAACUUUUAAAAACAUUGUAUUUACUGUAAGUCAUGUACAUGCACAGACACAUAUUCCUCAUAUUAGGUGUAGAGAAUGCAAUACGGUGGGAACAAAGGUCUUUUAUGCAGAUGCACAAACAUGCCAUUCAUACCAGCAUUCAUGUUUGUCUGCCACUUUGUUCCCAUUAAGCACCCCUUUUCAUUUUUUUUAAACAGUCUUGGUUUUCUUGUUAUAUUUCCUCUCCUUCCUUCCCAGUGCAUUUGCUUCUGUUGAUUAAUUCUGGUUUGGUGCAGGUGUCUUAUAAUUAUUGGGUUGGGUUAUAUUUUUGUCUAAAUAGAAAAUUUUAUGCAAAACAAAAUGUUUGCAUUUGUUUCUUCUAUGCAGAUAUACUGCAUGCUCUUGUAUUUAUCAUAUAUUGCCUUAAUCUUUAUCCUGAGUGAAGUUUUUACUUUUUUUUUUUUCAUUCUUCUAAUAGUGCAUCCUGAUGAUACAAAGUAGACAGCAGAUGUGGCUUUUGACUCUGCUUGUUGUACUGCCCAAUUGGGCUUAGGACUGAGGUGCCUGUGGAAGUCAAGUUUCAGGCACAGUGUUGAACCUUGACAUAUUUAUUCUCUUUUGGUUAUGGAAUGUGGAUUUUGUAUGGUGUUUGUGAUGUGUAGAUGCAGUUAUGAGCUAUAUGUACAUGAUAUAUAUUCUCAUUUCUAUGUGAUAUACAAUGUUUUAAGAAGUAGUUGGUAGAGCUCAGCUAAUCAUGUUACUACCAUUAAAAAACUAGGAAUUUUAGUAAGCAGUUUUGCUUUUCAAAUAUAAACUGUAUCGGUGCAGAAGCACUCAUACUUGCCCCUUUUUUUUAGUAGAAUUUUAAGCUGUCCUAAUGUACAGUCAGCUAAAUAUGUCAGUAUUAGAUUCCCUUAUUGUUAUAUCUUCCAUCACUUAUUCAGAAUCAUUGUUAUUGUUUGUAUAACUUGUUACCUAUGCAAAAAAGUGCUAGGUACACAAUACUUCUGUGCAAGUUACUGGGAUUCUGCAUGUGUUUAUCUCACUCAAGUUACUAGUGUGUUAUGUAUAUUUUAAUGCAGUAUGAUGAUGUUUUGUAGAUUAUAUAUAACAAAUUUUCAGAAAUAUUACCCCUUUAUAGAGCACAUUUAUCCUUUAAGAAUUGUAAGCAAUUUAGGAAGUUCCAUUUUGUAUUUCAUUGCAAAAGCUUAGACAAAAUCUGUUCUUGAUUCUUCAUAUGUACAUAGGUCCUGUACUUUCCUGUUUACCAGAUAAAGAACGGCUUUGUCCAUCUGUGGGUGGAGUAAUGAACAAAUAUUGCAAAUUCUCACUCUCCUCCUCCCUCUUUUUUCAGCAUCUCUCUCGCCUUCUUUCUUGGUCUCUCUGGAAUAUUGGCUUGUUUUUUCUUUUAUCUCAAUACGCUAGAUCCCAGUGUGAUGAUAACCACAAUUUAAGGACCAGUUUUUUCCUUGCUUUCUACUGAUGCUAGUCGUCAUAUACAUUCCAUAAUGCUUAUUUGUGAAUGUUUGUAUUUUUCUUAAAUCAUGUGAUCCUUUUCUGUUUGAGGGGUAGGGAGUUGGAAUUGUAUACUUCCUUUGUUGCUAUAGUCACGGCUGACACUCUGCCAUGAGAAAAAAAGGCACCUUCAUUCUUUAGACUUUUUUAAUUUUCUGGGGCUAACUGGGUGGGAAGUGCUGUACAUCUUUUUUUUUUCUUGUCAUACUCAUUUUUCUAAGUGAUUACUGUUCUUAAAUAUCCCCAUGGUGUAUCACAGAAAUUCUCUCUCUCUGAAAUACACAUUUUCUGAGAUACCUGACUUUUGAUCUAUUCCUUGUGCAAAUAUUUUCAACUAAGCCAUAUACUAUUUCACGUAAGUUGUACCAUUGAAGGUGGUAAAGCAAAGAGUUCAAACAUCAUUUGCUCUACAUAAUUUUAUUUAAUUUAUAUAGUAUUAAACCGUGCUCAUUCCACCUUUGAUUCCUAAAAGCUGUAUGAUUUGUAAAAGCCAUGUCAGUACCAUAACAAGUAAAAGACUGGGUACUAGUAGUUGCUCAAGUUUCGUUCAGGAAAUGAGAAAUGUGUUUAGCUGGACUUAAACUUCUUGCUAGAACUUCAGCAUGAAAAAUUGGAUUUUGUCAGAAUUUGAUAAAAUCUUUUAUGCAGAUGAAAACUGUUCCUUGCAAUCUCAUAAAAGUUAAGAAAAUGUGAAGUUUAAAUCUUUGUUGCAAAUAUCAGCAAAUUCUUGACUAUUUCUAUAGUUUGACUUUGCACUGGCUGCUUUGAGCAUGCUUGUGGAAAGGGAGGUCAGUUUAGAGGAACAUUGUGAAGAAGAGCAUGAUGCAUGGAUGACUACCAGAGCUGCAGGUCCAGUGGUUCUCAGUGUGUGUGCAUUGUUAAGAUGCUCAAAGACUACAAAGCUGUCCUGAAUGCUUGAUACAUUAUGAUGUAUUGGCUAACCUGACGCAAGCUUUUUUUUUUAAUCAGAUGGGGUGGAGGGAUGAUAAGAGUAGUAUUUUUAGUAAGGGCUUCACCGAGUGGUUAGGCAGGGUUUGUACAGUUAAAAUGUGAGAAAUGGGAACAUUUCUGAGUGAAAAAUGUGUGGUUUUGAGAAUCAAAGUGUUGUGAGCUCUGGACUGAAGGCAAGUGAACAAGUAUUGGUUCCACAGCUUCUGAAACUUUGUGCAUUUUCAAGCAGAUGUCACUGUUAAGCAUCCUUGGUUAGAUGCUUCUUGAAAUCUUACUGGGGAUUUCUGACUUGGGGGUUCUGUGCAAGGUAAACUUCACAGUUUUGGUCACUUGUGGCAUCAGUUUACUUACAGUUUUGAUGGCAGGUGUGCAUGCCAGACUCAAGUUCUUGGUAUGUACGUCACUUGUUUUUUUGUUUUUUUUUAAUAUGUCUGUUGUUUGGGAUGGUUUGUAUACUGAAAUGUUUUUGCUUGUUUGUACUAAUAAAGCAUCUAGUUGCAGAAACAAGAUCAUGAUACUGCAUGAUGAGCUUAUGUACUGAAAACGUAGAAACAUUUUGUAUAACAGCUGAAGUUGUGCAGUGUGUUUAUAAUGGUUUAUUAUGACAUGCAUUUACAAAGCAAUGCAAUACAUGUAAACUUGUGCAAUCAUGCAUGAAUAUACAGUCAAAUGCACACAUACAUAUACACAGCUUUCAUGGUCAUGAUUCUGUUACGUAAACCAGAUUUGUAAAUUUAUUGUAACUGUUAACUAUUUAUCACAGAUCAUGCAAUAAAGGAAACUUAAAUAUCA